AUGUUUUAUUCUCAGUUUAUAUUGGCGAAGAAAGGCCCGCUUGGAACGAUAUGGAUAGCGGCACAUUUGGAGCGCAAACUUCGAAAGAAUCAGGUUGCCGACACCGAUAUUGGCGUCUCUGUAGAUUCUAUUCUUUUUCCUGAAGUUCCGAUUGCUCUUCGGUUGUCCAGCCAUCUUCUACUUGGUGUGGUGAGGAUAUAUUCUAGAAAGGUCAAUUACCUGUUUGAUGAUUGCAGUGAGGCUUUGCUUAAGAUAAAGCAAGCUUUUCGCUCCACUGCAGUUGAUUUACCUCCAGAAGAAUCUACUGCUCCAUAUCAUUCCAUCACAUUGCCUGAGACUUUUGAUCUUGAUGAUUUUGAGUUACCAGAUAAUGAAAUUUUUCAGGGUAAUUAUGUUGAUCACCAUGUCAGUACAAGGGAGCAAAUAACUCUCCAGGAUACAAUGGAGGGUGUGGUAUACUCGACAUCUCAGUUUGGAUUGGACGAGCGGUUUGGUGAUGGCGAUACUUCUCAAAUUGGUCUAGACUUUGAUGAGGACCUAUUCUUAGGCAAGGUUGCAGCUCAAGGAACUGAUGGAAUUUCAGGUGGUGAUCCUCAGGCGUUGGUCCAAUCCACAACACCUCUGGAAAAGCAUGAAAUUUAUGAGGGGAUACCUGGAACUUCAGAAACCAUGCAAAUGAAUGGGAUUGGAAACGAGAAUGAAGUCCUAGCUGCAAGUACUGAAAAUGUCACAUAUGCUCAGGCUCCAUCAACUCCUGGACUAUUUGAAGAGCCAAACCUGUCUGGUGUUCAGGAACCUAUGGCAUGCAAUGAUCAGUUGGAUUUGGAAGACCAUAAUUUAUCAAACUUAGCAGCAAUUCGCAGCCCAGAAAAUAUUUGUUGUGUGCCAGGUCCGCGUUGUGGGGAUGAUAGUACAAUGGUUUUGAAUGAGGAGAACAGCUACCAGUUGGGCGAUAUGGAGAUCAAGCAAGCAAAGCCACAGGAGCAUGAGCAAAUUAAACCCAUUUCUCCAGUAUUAGAAUGUGCAAAUGGGACAGUUGGUGCUUUGGAUUGUCCAAACAGGGUGGAAGAUAUAUAUAAUGGUAUUGUAAUAAACAACGAACCUGCUAUGCUCUUCCUAGAUCAAAAGGAUGCACAAAGUGUAGAACCUGCAGUAGUUAGGUUGGAUGAAACUGUUGCAUCUCCUAGCUGCUCCCAGGUCACAUAUGAAUUGGAGGACCCUGCUCGUAAGAUUUGUUCAAAUAGUUCCUGUGCGAGAGUGUCAGAGGAUUAUUUGGAGGACCAACAGACAUCUUUAAAGCCCGAAAUACAGAAUGAUGUUGAAAUUGCUAAUAAUAUGGGAGAAUCAGGCACACUUAACAUUAAAGAUUCUUUUAAUCCUGUUACUCAUGAGGAGAUGUCAUCUGCUGAAGUGCCUGUACUCCGGGCAUGCAACUCCGUCCCGAAUCAUCGUAAUAUGCUAUCUCCUGCAAAUAUUUCAGAAAUUCCUGGCAACUUACCUUCUGAGGUUGUUGGGCCAAGUUUUUUGGACAAUGCAACAUCUUUUGACAAUCAAUUUGAGAAUUUGGAUAGGUCUGCCACCUAUGACUUGCCUGCACCUGAAAAAUUGCUCUCUGUACCAGAGGGGUUCACUUCGAAACCAAGUGAUUUUCUAAUGGAAUCUACGCCUGACAAAGAAAUCAUAGGUGGGGAUGCUGGUGAUGAUACUGGGAUCAAACUCAUCUCAGGGAAAAAAACGUAG